AGACCUGCAGGGUCUGUGGCCGGAUCCCCAGGAGGAGUUAUCCUGGGUUGCCAUGAGGGAGACCUUCGAGGUCCUCAGGUCCCUGGGACUCUCUGUGGGACAGCCGGAGAUGGCCCCCCAAAGUGAGCCUGGGGAAGAGUCCCACAAUGCCCAGGAACAGAUGUCCCCUCCCCGGGAAGAGAGAGCGCUGGGCAAAUGCUCAGGGCGCGAGGCCCCCAGACCAGAGGAAGGUGCCCACACUGAACAAGCUGAAGCUCCCUGCAGAGGAGGCCGGGCAUGUGCACGGAAAAGUUUAUUUCCUAGACUGAAUGAAUGCCUUGAAAUGGACUGCGACUUCAAGAACUGA